AUGGACCCCUCCCAGCGAGUCGUGAUCAUCGGCGCCGGCAUAGUCGGCGUCAACAUCGCUGACGAGCUGGUCUCGCGCGGAUGGUCCAACAUCACCGUCCUCGAACAGGGUCCCCUCAGCAUGCCCGGCGGCUCAACAUCUCAUGCCCCGGGUUUAGUGUUUCAGACGAACCCCUCCAAGACCAUGAGCAAAUUCGCCAUGUACACAGUCGAGAAGCUUCUGUCCAUCGACUGCUUCAACCAAGUCGGCGGCUUAGAGGUAGCCGAGACCCCAGAGCGCCUCGAGGACCUCAAAAGAAGGUAUGGCUACGCCCGCUCGUGGGGAGUCGAGGCAGAGCUCCUCUCGGCCGAGCAGUGCCGCAGGAUUUACCCCCUACUAGGCCCGGACGUCGUCCUCGGAGGCCUACUCUUCCCCACAGACGGCCUCGCCCUGGCAGCCAAGGCGGUGCAGGUCCUGGUUGAAAGGACGCGGAAGGCCGGAGUCCACUAUCUGGAGCACACUCGCGUCACAGGCAUCCAGCAACAAGACAAGCGUGUCACGGGCGUCGAGAUCAGCACCGGGGCCACGAUCCCGGCCGACAUCGUCCUCUCGUGCGCGGGCUUCUGGGGCGUCGAGCUUGGCGCCAUGGUCGGCCUGCGCGUACCCCUGCAGCCCAUGGGCCACCAGUACGUCAAGACGACAUCGGUGCCGACGCUGAGGGGCAAGAACCCACUCCCCAACGGCGCGACCCUCCCCAUCCUCCGCCACCAAGACCGUGAUCUCUACUACCGCGAGCAUGGCGAGCAGCUCGGGAUCGGCUACUAUGGCCAUCGGCCCUUGCCCGUAACGGCGGCAUCCCUAGGCCCGACCCCUGCCCACGUCGACGAGCAAAACAUGCCGUCCCGCAUGGACUUCACCCCGGAGGACUUCACCCCAGCCUGGGAGCUGAGCAAGAAGCUCAUUCCAGCCCUCGCAGACACCACCAUAGAGACGGGUUUCAAUGGCAUCAUGUCCUUCACGCCCGACGGCGGGCCGCUAGUCGGGCGCGCCCCGGACCUGGACGGCUUCUUCGUCGCAGAGGCGGUCUGGGUCACGCACUCGGCCGGCGUGGCGCGCGCCGUGGCCCAGCUCCUGACGACGGGCAAGUUGGACGUCGAUCUGCUGGCCGAGUGCGACAUCACCCGGUUCGACGACGUGCAGCUCACACAGGGCUACGUCACCGAGACGUGCACGACGGCCUUUGUGGAGGUCUACGACAUCAUCCAUCCGCUGCAGCCGCGCUCCUCGCCGCGCAACCUCCGCGUCAGCCCCUUUUUCUCCCGGCAGUCGCAGGACCUGGGAGCUUACUUUCUCGAGGCGGGUGGUUGGGAGCGGCCGCACUGGUUCGAGGCCAACGCGCACCUGGUGGACGAACUUCCCGCGGCUUGGAGGCCCAAGGACCGCGACGUCUGGUCGGCCAGGUACCACUCCCCCAUCGUGGCGGCCGAGGCGUGGAAGACGCGGACGACUGCCGGCCUGUUCGACAUCUCCCCCAUCAGGCGGCUGCUCGUCACCGGGCCGGGAAGCCUGGAGCUGCUGCAGCGGCUGGCCUCCAGCGACGUCUCGAAACCCCCCGGCGCGGUGACCUUCACGCUGCUGCUGGACGAGCACGGCGGGGUGAGGAGCGACGUCUUCGUCGCGAGGUUGGCGGACCAGACGUUCCAGCUUGCCGUCAACGGCGCCGUCGACGCGGCGUACCUGGCACGCGAGGCCCGGCUGCAGACGGCGGCCCGGCCCGGAAGCUCCGUGCAGGUCCGGGAUGUCACCGGUGGGACCUGCGGCGUCGGCGUCUGGGGCCCGCGCGCUGCGGAUAUCGUCGGCGGCAUCUGCAGCGAUGACCUGGCGGCCAUGCCGAGGAAUGCUGUGCGGUCGUCUGUCGUGGCCGGCGUGCCGGUCCUGGUGGUCAGCCACUCGUUUGUCGGCGAGCCCGGGUGGGAGAUCUACACGUCCGCGGAGCAGGGCCUGCGGCUGUGGGACGCGCUGUGGGGAGCCGGCCGAGCGCACGGAGCUGUGGCGGCGGGGCGGGCGGCGUUUGCGGCGCUGAGGAUGGAGGCUGGCUUCCGGACGUAUGGCGUCGACGUGACUACGGAGCAUGGGCCGUUCGAGGCUGGGUUCGGCGCCGCUGUCGACCUAGGCAAGAGUGGCUUCGUGGGCUGUGACGCCGUGUGGAGGCUUGCCAGCGCAAAGCCGGUGAAGAAGCUACGUUGUAUUGUCGUGGACGACGGCCGCUCCGUGGUGCUGGGGAAGGAGCCCGUGUUUGUCUCGGGCAAGGCGGUGGGCUACGUCUCGAGCGCGGUGUUUGGGUAUACUAUCGGCAAACCCCUUGCUUUUGCCUGGCUUCCGGUGGAGCUGGGUCCCGGAACAAGUGUUGAGAUUGAGUAUUUUGGGAGACGGAUCAAGGCCACCGUGACGGCAGAACCAAUUCUGCAACAGCAGUUGGAUGCACAGCCUCCGAGGGCACGUUUGUAG